GAAUAAAUGCGAGUUGUUUAUUCUAUUUUUCUAUCACGAAUUUGAGGUCUUUGCGAAUUUGAGUAAUUGUAAUAAAUUGAGGUUAAAAUGAGUGCAACCGAUGUAGAAGCUUCGACUUCGGCGCCUAAGGAAAUGAGUUUUGCAGAAAAACAAGCGGAACGCAUGAAAAGAUUGCGACAGUUGCAUUCUGCGCGUAACGAGGCUAGAACGCACAAUCAUCAGGAAGUUGUGGCAGAGGAAGCCAGAAACAAGCUUCCUACGAACUACGAAGCCAAGCGACGACAAGCGGAGUGGCUGCUUGAGGACCAGAAGAAACGAGAAGAGGCCGAAGCCGAAGGUAAAAGUUAUGAUAGAGUAAAAAUGCUGAACAUUUCUGCGACGGAAGCAGAGAGACUCGAACGUAAGAAAAAGAAGAAAAAUCCUGAUCAAGGCUUCUCUACAUACGAACAAGCGACCGUUCGACAGUACAACAGACUAGUCAAGAACAUGCCAGCAGCAGACAUGAAUCAGUACGAGAAACAGAAGGAAAAAUAUGGUGACGCUUUCUAUGGCGGUCCUAACGUUAUCAUUCAUGGUAUGCAUGAGGACAGGAAAGAGGCAGUAGACAAAAUGGUGAAUGAUUUGGAAGGACAGAUUGCUAAACGAGCGAAGUACUCUCGCAGACGUACCCACAAUGACGAUGCGGAUAUUGACUACAUCAACGAACGGAAUGCCAAGUUCAACAAGAAGUUGGAAAGGUUUUACGGAGAACACACAGCUGAGAUCAAACAGAAUUUGGAACGUGGUACUGCUAUAUAGAUCUUGUUGUAUAAAAUAUAUAGGUUUACUUUGUAAAUAUAGUAGAUGAAUAAGGUAGUAGGUACUUAAAAUGUUCAUAAAUUGCAUUUCACAUUUUAUUUUAAAAAAUUGUGACAUUACAAAAGUAGCAUCUUUGUCAAUGCAUUUUUUUUGUAAGUCAUUAACUAAUACAUACUAUCAAACAUCA